UAGCCCAGACACCCUAUAGUUUACCGCCUUAAAAUAGACAUACAGAAGAGGAAGAGGACGGGUAGAGAGUGUGUACAGUAUGCUGUGUGUUUGUGUAUGUCUGUGUGUGCGUGUGCCCACACAGCAGUCGUGGUAAAGCUGAGCUGGCAAGAAGGAAGUGAUGUUCUCACCUUUAUGAAGAGGCUGGGAGAUAAAUAGUGGCUCCUCCACCACACCACAGCAUUUAAUCUGCACUUUCAUUCCAGCAGCACCACAGCCCGCACUGCUACCCAUCUAACUGGAUUUACUAGCUACAACUGCAAGAGAACAAAGAAUGAAGUUUGCCAUUGUAAUUCUCUGCCUGCUGGGAACAGCCAGUGCUAAUCCUAUCUUACACAAAGUGGCCACUGAGAUGAUGGAACAUGCAUCCAACUCUACCUCAUCGGUGUCUGAAUCCUCGGAAGAAAGCGAUACAUCAGAACACAAUAGCUCACCAGAAAAUACUUCUGAGAACACUACAUCAGAAUCAUUGGAGUCUGCAUCAGAUGAUCAGACUUCAGACAUUAGCCGGAGUCACUCACUGGAAGCUCGGUUUGGUACAGGUGAGGCAGGAAUGACCACAGAUAACAGCCAAGACAGCCUGGAGAACAUGCGCAAGAGCUGGAUUCAUCUCAUCAACGUCAAAGAGCUCAGUGAGGAGGACAAAGACACGACAGAGGACGUCUCCUCCAACAGCAGUGAAUCUACAGAGAGCCAGGAGAAACAAACCCACAGCAGCAGCAGCAGCACAGAGUCCAACAGUAAGGACAGCAGCCCUGUGGUGGACAGCAACGAGACCAGUGAGAGCAGAAGCAGCAACAGCAGCAGCAGCAACGAGAGCCGAGAGUCCAGCCACAGCACAGAGAGCACGGAAAGCACAGGGAGCCGCUCCAAAGAGUGUCCGUCUGAGGCCGACAGCGACGAGUGCGACAGUGAUGAAUACGACUUGCACGACAUCGGAGACGAUGGAGCCAGUGAGCCGUUUAACGGCUUCCGUACGCCCGAUAACAAUGACCAUGAGGUUAUCUUUAAGAGAUGACCAAAUGUAACUUUUUAAGAAGAUAUGAUUAACAGACAAAAUACAGUUUGGAAAUCCCUGGGGAGAGAUAUUAACAGGAUAAUUAAAUGAAUAAGAGGCACUUAAAGCGGAAUUCCAACAGUUUUCUAGUCCACAUUUCUGUAUACAUUAAUUGUGGAACAGCGUACCCUAGGAACCUGUAUGUAAUGUU